AUGAAAGAUUAUAAUUUGGAGGAACUGCUUCGCCAGCUAAAAAAUGGCGAACUUUCCGAAGAUGACGGCGAAUCUGAUGGAGGUGAAUUGGAUUUGUAUCCAAGUCGACAGGAACUUUUGGAUGAUUUAGAAGCUGACGAAGGAGCUGUUGCUGAGAGUGGUGAGGAGUUCAAUGAAGAUGAUCCACCUUUGGAAGGCGAUGACGUUGCUCCUGGCUGUGAUAAUGAUCCUCCUUUACUUGUAGAUGUCAACGCCCUAAGUACUUCUCUGAGCUAUAGUUUCUUGUCAACCAGUCGAAAUCUAUUGUGGAGGAAACGGAACCUGGUUUUUGAGGAAGAUUAA